AUGAUCAAGAUUGCGAUUGUGGGAACCAACGGGCUCGCCCAGCUGCUGGCCCACUACAUCGAGACGACGACCUCGCACCAAUUCGUGAUAUUCUCCAGAAGACCUGUUUCAGGUUUGACCAAUAAAGGGUGGCAGGUUGUAGUGGUGAACUACUCGAGCACCACCGACCUCUCGUUCAAGCUGGCAGGUGUCGAUACGGUAGUAUCCACGGUGUCAGGAGAUGCUCAGCUUCGGCUGAUCGAAGCAGCGGCCACAGCUCGGGUUCGUCGCUUCGUCCCUGCUGAGUUUGGUGGGCCCCCUGCUCUCCGAUCCGCGGACGACAUACUGGAUAAUGAGCGUCGCCGUGCGCUUCACCGACUCGCUCAAUUGGAAUCGACGGGAAUGCGAUUCUGCGUCUUUACCUGUGGUAUUUUCUACGAGAGAUUUGCACCUGGAGGACUGGGUCAAUCUCAGCUUGGGGCCAGCAGUGGUGUCGCUACAGAAGGAUCGUACAUGGUAGACUUCCGACGCCUUGUUGCGAGACUGCCUUACAAUUCCUCAGAUGGGAGCCCAGCAAAGGUGAGCAUGAUCUCCCUACGGGACCUGGCUCACUUCGUGGUUGCCUCCUUCGCUUUGACUUCGUGGCCACGAGAAUUCCGAGUCAGGGGCGACAGGAUGAGCGUACGAGACCUCGUAGCAACAGCAGAAUCCAUCCGAGGUAGUCGCAGCUUUGAUGUGCAAAGGUACUCUCGCUCCGCCUUGAGGGACGCUGAAGCACAUGCCAGGACCGCUCGAGACAAGCCACGCGAGCUGCAGCUGCAUCAGCUCAUCAUCACCGCCGAAGGUCACUAUGACUUCGCCCAAUCUACCGACAACAACCUCAACAGCAGGGUCAAUCUUGAACCUGAACGAUUCCGGGCCUACCUGACUCGGGCUUGGUCCAACACCCACUGA